AUGAAUGCUGUAUUUUCAGUGGGAGGAGAUGUGAUGCAUCCUGAUAUUCCCAAUAACUUUCUGAGACUGCUAGCAGAAGGUUUUGAUGAUGAAACAGAAAAUCAGCAAUUAAGACUUUAUGCAGUUCAGUCUUAUCUUACUUUAUUAGAUGUGGAAAAUGUGUUCUAUCCACAGAGAUUUCUUCAAGUUAUGAGUUGGGUGUUAGGAGAGUAUUCCUAUCUCUUAAAUAAGGAAUCACCAGAGGAAAUUAUAACCAAGCUCUACAAGUUACUUAAGAAUGACUCCAUUUCUUCAGAAACAAAAGCCUGGAUAAUAGCUGCUGUGACCAAGUUGACACCCCAAGCACACUCUUCUAAUAUAGUUGAGAGAUUAAUCCAGGAAUUUACCACAUCUUUGGAUACUUGCUUGAGACAGCAUGCAUUUGAAUUAAAACACUUGCAUGAGAAUGUAAAACUGAUGAGGAGCUUACUUCCAAUCGAUAAGAGUUGUGAAGACAUGGUGGUAGAUGCUUCCUUAUCUUUUCUGGAUGGUUUUGUGGCUGAAGAACUAACACAGGGGGCAGCACCUUACAAACCUCACCACCAGCGGCAGGAGGAAAAGCUUUCUCAGGAAAAAGUUCUCAAUUUUGAACCAUAUGGACUCUCUUUUUCUUCAUCUGGCUUCACUGGACGACAGUCUCCUGCUGGCAUUUCUCUUGGUUCAGAUAUAUCUGGGAAUAGUACAGAGACCGGACUAAAAGAGACAAAUGGCUUGAAGCUGGAAGGUAUAAAGAAAUUGUGGGGGAAAGAGGGCUAUCUUCCCAAGAAGGAAAGCAAAACUGGUGAUGAAACGGAAGCCCCUCCAGUUCCUCAGGAGAGUAUAAUAAUGGAGAAUGGAGAUCAAACUGUAACAAAAAAGGAUCAGUCUCAAGUCCUUACCCAAUCUAAAGAGGAGAAAGAAAAGCAGCUGCUGGCAUCAUCAUUGUUUGUUGGGCUAGGAUCAGAAAGUACAAUCAAUUUGCUCGGAAAAGCAGAUACCAUUUCUCACAAGUUUAGAAGGAAAUCAAAAAUCAAAGAAACCAAAAGUGAGGAAACAACCACUGAUCAAAAUAUAAUCCGUUCUUCCUUUAGUUCUUCAUCAAAUGUGACUUAUGAAGAAGAUUAUUGUUUGGAUAAUUUGCAGGAUAGAGGAGACAAAGAAUUAAAGAAGUUUUCUCUCAGUUCAGAACUUUUGGAUUCGGAGUCACUGACAGAACUGCCCUUGGUUGAGAAAAUCUCAGAUUGCAGGCUGUCUACACCCUCUUUGUUUGCUGAUAACAACAUGGAAGUUUUUCACCCUCCUCAAGCCACUGCAGCCUCAGUUGCCAAUGAAAUCUCUUUAGCUUCUUCUUUGUUGGGAGAAACUAGUGAGCACAUACAUUCAGAUCUUAUGGAGGUCUGUAAUAAUGAAACCAUAUCUGUGUCUUCUUACAAAAUUUGGAAAGAUGAUUGUUUGUUGGUGGUCUGGUCAGUUUUUAAUAAAAGUGGUUCGGAACUGAAAAGUGCUAACUUAGAAAUUGCUUCUGCAGAAAAUUUCAAGAUCACUGAGCAACCUGGAUGCUGUUUGCCCGUAAUAGAAGCAGAAAGCACCAAAAAUUUUCAGUACAGUGUGCAGAUGGAAAAACCUUUUGCAGAAGGAAAUCUGUCUGGUUUUAUAACUUACCAAGUUAUGGAUACUCACUCUGUUCAGCUUGAAUUUUCAGUAAACUUAUCACUGUUAGAUUUCAUUAGGCCAUUAAAAAUCUCGACUGAAGACUUUGGUAAACUCUGGUUAUCCUUCGCAAAUGAUGUGAAACAAAAUGUAAAGAUGUCAGAAUCUCAAGCUGCUCUGAGUUCUACCUUAAAGGCCCUGAAACAGGAACUAAGACUUCAUGUUGUUGACAUUAUAGGUAAUGAAGGGCUCUUGGCCUGUCAGCUGCUCCCAUCCAUCCCCUGCUUGCUGCAUUUUCGAGUUCAUGGUGACAUGUUAGCCCUGUGGUUCAGAUCUUCCUGUUCUACUCUUCCUGACUAUUUACUUUAUCAGUGUCAAAAAGUGAUGGAGGGAUCCUAG